CUAGCGUACUGCGGAACUGUUUGUGGGAUUAGCUAGCUUUAGCGAGCUAGCAGGUAUCACAACACUGGCGUUAGGAGGCUAAAGUUGUCAUUUUAUUCUAAUAACAGAAGAAAAUAAGGGGUCCAUGGAGGAGUCUGGAGAGAUCACUGUGACUGUAAAGACUCUGGACUCUCAGAGCAGGAGCUACACAGUCAGAGGAGAGUGGACGGUGCAAGAGUUUAAGGAGCACAUUGCCUCAUCGGUAGAAAUUCCGGUGGAUAAACAGAGGCUAAUCUACCAGGGCAGGGUGCUGCAGGACGACCGGACGCUGACUGAAUACAAUGUCGACGGGAAAGUCAUUCAUCUCGUCGAGCGGGCUCCUCCACAAACAACUCCGAUUGGAGGUGGAGGAGAUGCCGUGUCUGGCUCAUCCGGAGGAAGCGGAGAGGGAUCGUCCAGCUCCGCUCACUCCUCUACCUCGACCUCCCAAGGAGCGCCGCAUGACCGCAAUGGUAACAGCUACGUCAUGCUGGGCACCUUUAACCUCCCAGUGAACAUCCUGGACCCUCAGCAGAUUCAGAUGUCUGUGCAGCAGAUGAUGGCUGGUGUUGGGGAUGGAGGGCGAAAUGCCAGAGUCAACACAAGCACCGGGAGUAAUGGAUCUGUGGACGUGCAUAUUAACCUGGACCAAUCAGCCCAGAGUGAACCAAGGAUAAGGCUCCAGUUGGCAGAAAACCUGUUACGAGAGACUCAGACUUUAAUUCGUAGGCUGGAGGGUCAGGUGAGUGAAGGAUCCACUCAGCAGGAGCCUGCAGCUUCCUCUUCUUCAGGACAACCAAUGGACACCUCCCCGCCUCCACCUCCACCUCCUGCCUCUUCCUCUGCCUCCACGCAGACAGAAGACCCUCCUCACUCUGGACCAAAUCACCCGAGCCCUUUAGAGCUGAUGGAGGUGCUCUCAGAAGUGCGACGGGUAGAGGAAAGGCUCCGCCCCUUCAUGGAGAGAACUCGCUCCAUCCUAGGAGCAGCCAGCUCUGCCGAUUACAACAACAACACUCAAGAGCGCGAUGAAGACCAGCGCACCUUAAACGUGGUUGGCGAAUCCCUUCGACUCCUAGGCAAUACCUUGGUUGCUCUGAGUGAUCUUCGUUGCAACCUGGCCGCGCAGCCUCCCCGUCACCUUCACGUGGUCCGGCCCAUAACCCACUACACGUCGCCUGUUCUGCUGCAGAGCGGUCUGUCUCAUAUACCGAUACCGAUGAACAUUGGAACCACCGUUACAAUGACCUCUAAUGGCAGACAGACUGGUGAAGGUCAGCCUCAGCCGUCUCAACCGUCCGGUCAAGCAGAGGAGCAGGCGCAGGCACCGGCACCAUCAUCUCACCCCAACGGAGCCAGCCAGGGGACUGGUCAGGGGACGCCACGUGUGAUCAGAAUCACCCACCAGACCAUGGAGCCUGUCGUGAUGAUGCAGAUGAACCUUGAUGCAGAUUCAGGCAGCGGAGCUCAGGCCCCAGGCCAACAGAAUCCCAACGCUGCUGGACAGACCGGCUCCGCCCCACCCAUGCACAUUCCUGGCUUGCCUCCAGAGUUUAUGCAGGCCAUCGUGCAUCAGAUCUCUCAGCAGGCAGCUGCAAUGGCCACCGCAGCCGGCCACCACGGACAUCCACCAGGCACUCCCGCGACAAACGGAGACGCGCCAACUGUUCCUCCACCCCCACAGGCUAGGGUCGUCAUCACCAGACCCGCAUUUACCCCACGGAUUCCUCAGCCCGCCGGCACCAGGGCGGCUACCAUCAACCUGAGGGCAUCAGUGCCACCCACCACCGGCCACCAGCCCGCACAGGGCACUAUGGGUAAUUCUCCUCUCUCUCAGAUGGUGAGUGGUUUGGUCGGGCAGCUGCUAAUGCCGAUGCACACAGGUGAUCAAGCAUCCACUGGUUCUUCAUCGCAUUCGUUCUCCUUCUCUUCCUCUUCCUCAUCCUCCAACUCAGCUGCCCCUUCUUUAUCCGCUAAUACUUCUACACACACCUCUUCUACCACUACAAGCACAGCCCCCACAAGCCAGUCACAGAACGAGGGUUCAGAGGGGAACCUGCCACACUUGCUGGGCUCUCUAUUGGGCGGAGCUGCCGGAGUAAGCGGGAGCGUCUCCGGAGGCUCUCCUUCCGUUACCGUGACGAUGCCUGGUGUUCCCGCCUUCAUCCAGGGCAUGUCUGAGUUUAUUCAGUCCAACGAGCCUGUGUUUCCUCCUCCCCCAAGCCAACAGCCUCCCCCUGCUUCCUCUGCUCCAUCCGCCCCAUCAGCGACUCCUCCGAACCCUCCUCAUCCGCCUAGCGGAGGAGGGGAAACGCUGAGCCCGGAGCUGUUCACGGGCAUCGUGCAGGGUGUGCUGUCCACCAUGAUGGGGUCUCUGGGGGCCGGUCAGGGUAACAGCGAGAGUAUCGCCCAGUUCAUUCAGAGACUUUCACAAACAAGCAACCUGUUCACUCCUGGAGCUGGAGAUGCUGUUGGUUUCUUUGGAGACCUGCUGUCUCUGGUGUGCCAGAAUUUCUCCAUGGUGGAUAUGGUGGUGUUGCUGCAUGGCAACCCUCAGCCUCUGAGUCGUAUCCAGCCCGAACUCGCGACCUUCUUCAAUGAGCACUAUCUCAAUGGACGAGAGCCUACUGAUGCCAAUAUUGCUGCCGCUGCUGAAGAUCUCAUCAACGGGCUGGAGGAGUAUAUUGCUGAGAGUUUUUCCACAGUCACAGCGCGAGACGGAGUGGACAUCAUCCAGACAAACAUGUCCUUCCUCAGACAGCAGUUCACCCGCAUGGCAACGCACAUACUGCGCUGUACAGGCAACAUGUUUGGUCCACGUUUGCUGUAUCUCUGCACUCAGAGUUUGUUCGAGUGCCUGGCUCUCAACCUGUACUGUUUAAGAGGAGAGCAGAGGGCGCUCACAGCCGUCAUCAACCAUCGCAUCAGAAGGAUGUCUGCAGAAGUAAAUCCCAGUCUAGUGAACUGGCUGACCAGUAUGAUGUCCAUGAGACUGCAUGUGAUCCUGGACCACAACCCGGUUACAGAGGACCAAAUCCAGCACUAUGUCCUCUUCACACAGCCUGAGGCUAACGCGAGAGUGGAGUCGAAUACGGAGGCAGUCCAGGAGAGUCAGAAGGUGGAGAUGUCUCCAGCACCUGCCACCACCGCUGAGGAGGCCAUGGCAUCUUCAGGAGAGAGCACCGACUCCAGAGCUCGAGAUCUCGCCGCUCUACACAGGCCACGCCCAGCGAACACACGGGAGUCUGCUGGAACGGCAGCUAACGAGAGGGAGGAGUCAGGAGCGGAGGCGGAGCCUUGGGCAGCAGCCGUGCCACCUGAGUGGGUGCCCAUCAUCAGGCAUGACAUGCUUUCUCAAAGGAAAAUAAAAGCUCAGCCUCCACUGUCUGAUGCUUACCUUCAGGGAAUGCCGGCCAAAAGGAGGAAGACUGCUCAGGGUGAGGGCCCGCACCUUUCCCUCUCGGAGGCCGUCACCAUCGCCGCUCGCGCAGUAGGAGCGCGGCCCGUCACCACUCCGGACAACCUGCAGGGGGAGCUGGACACACCAGAGCUGCAGGACGCUUACACACAACGGAUCAAAACCGACCUGCGGAAAAGACUUGACGAAGACCCGGACUACAAUUCUCAGCGUUUCCCGAACACGCACAAGGCUUUCUCUGAAGACUCCUAAUCUCGCCAUUGAAUUUGUGCACAUUUUAUCACGAGUUUCAGAUCAUUUAGUCACUAGACGCUCUGUUUUAAUUCAGUCAGUAGAGGAGCUGGAUUCUUCUGCGAAAGAGGCCGACGCUCUCAAUCCUCUUCACUUCCUCGCGGUGUGCAAUAGCCAUUGAGGGCUGUUUGUUGUUGGAGCACAUCUCAGUGGACUCUAUGUCUCGCAGUCAUGUUGUCUCUCUGAAUAGAUGUCCAACUUUACUGCAACAAAACGUUUUGAUUGGACGAUCACAAGUUAAGACAUUUUAAGCCUGGCAACAUUUAAGUGCGACGACUAAGAUUUCAGCUUUACACACACACAACAGUGUGCACUGCAUCGAAACACACUCAUAAGACAAGGGCUUCACAGAGACGAAAGCCGAGUCUCAUACACGUAGAAACGCCCAGAGCGAGCGCGCAAGUGAACUUGUAGCAUCAGAAUUUCUGUAAGUAUAUUGUUGUAUUUAACAGUUGUUUUAAUAGUUUCUGGUUUGCAGUCAUUUUCAACAUAAACCCCUUUAGGCUGUGAUUAAUUAACCCGUUCAAUCUAGUGAUAGCAGAUUAGGCAUGUGUAAUUUCCUCUCUGCUUUAUUUCUUCUCUGGCAAAUCAACGUCCUAAAUUUUAUCCUAUCUAUGAGAUAUGUACACAUCGUGAUCGUGAUUUAAAUCCAAAAACCCAUUUUAAUCUACUCAUAACAGAAUCAGUGUUAAUCGCACCUUUUUCCAUCAUCUCCGAGUCAUGAAGUAAUAAAAUCAAAAAAUCUGUUUUAUUUUACUAUUUAGUGUCGAAUUCAAUUUGCCAGGUUCUUUAAAAAAAAAAAAAAAAAAGAAACAAAAGUGCAGAGAAAGCAGAUUUUUUUUUUUUGGAUUAUGACAAAGGAUAAGAUGUUUAAAUUCUGCCUGUACACUUUAUUAUCCACAUGUUUCCAUUCCAGAGUUUGGGUUACUUACAGCAAAUAAAUAUCAACAUCACAGCAUCAGACCGAG